UCGAGUGAUCGGAAUUGGCUUCAGCAGUGCACUGGUCGCCUGGACGGUGCGCAGGUUGUGGUUCAUUCCGCCUGAACAUCAAGACGCCUGGCUUAACCUUCUUCCCCCGCCCCAUUUAAAAAUUUCUGCGUACACCACUGGUAAGCGAUGCCUCACGGACUUGUUACAGUACAUCAGAUCUAAGAACGUCACCGAGUCACCUGGAAACUCCACAAGGCUCCGUAUCUCUUCGGACUUCUCCGACGCGGUCACUUCUUUCAAGGACGUCUGGCCGUGGUACACGAUCGGUGGCGAUUUUCUCCCUUUUGUUGUCAGUGAUUGGCGCGUUUUCGCUCUCGUCCUCCACCUGGCCAUGGAGACCCUGCCGAACGAGAUGGUGCUGGAGGUGUUCUCGCGCAUCUCGGACGGCGUGACGCUGCUGGACGGCGUCGGCCUGGUGUGCAAGCGCUGGCACGCCCUGUCUCGCGACCCGCACGCCUGGCGCAGCGUGGUCGUGGAGUUUGGCGACUACGACUGGGUCUGGCAGGGGGCCAAGCGGUCCAGGAGGAAGAAGAAGACGAUGGACAACGUGCGGGUCUUACUGCACGCCCCCGCGAUGUGCCGCCUCAGCUGGUCUUGGGGUUACGGUGGGCCGGUAAUCCUGAAACCCCAUGCCAUCGCACUGUCCGCGGUGCGCCGCUGCCGUGCUGCCAUUCGCGACGUCGUGCUGGAAGGCGUGUCCAAAAUGGCGAAACCCGCCCUGGCCGUCCUCUGCGGCCUGCUCUGGCACACCAGAGGACACCUGACGCACCUGACCAUUCGCGAGUACAUCGGCCGACGGCUCGAAAAGGACGAGGCACCUGAGGCAGGAGUAUCAGUGGAUGUCGAGGAGGAGUGCGCCUUGUCCCCGGAGCAGGAACAGAGCGACGCGGUGGCUGCCUGGGCCGAACAGGACGGCUACGACUCGUGGUCUCUACCGGGUGUGCUGGCGCAGCUGCACCGGCUGGAAGAUCUGAGUCUGGACCUGUGCUGGGAAUUCCCGUACGACGAUGAGCUACAAGUGGAAGGGGAGCUCUUGCCCGCACUCAGGUACCUGCGGUUAAAGUAUGAUUUCCCUAUCGAUCUGGCGGUGGACUUGAUCCGCGGCACGGCAGCCAGGCUCCGCCACCUCAGCCUGCCCGACGAGUAUUGGGAGGCCAAGUUUGCAAUGAGCUUGUUUGACGAUGUGUCGGGCCUACCAUCCCUACCAUCCGAGGUCAUUGACAGCGUGGCGGAGUGUCUCCAGCUCCGCAGCCUAGCUGCCAACCUCAUGCAUGUGACCUGCGUGUUCAACAUGCGACGGCUUCGCUCCCUGCACCUUUGGCUGUCGGGGCAAGAGGUUAGGUCCGAGGAUGCAGUUGCUACCGCACAAUUGCUGGCCCGGCAUGGUGAGUCCCUGUCCGGGCUACGUCGCCUUGACCUCGAACUCGGUUCGGGGGCCACUGGGGACAGUCUGGAUGACCCGCCGCUGUGGGAGGGGGCGAGGACCUCGGUAGCGGAGCUCCUUCUGGCCGUGGCUCACGCGGCGCACAACGUCACUGAAUUGCGUCUAACCCUGGACUGGAACUUUGAGGACUUGAUCGACAAGAUCCUGGGCUGUCUGCCUCGCCUUCAGGAAGUUCACCUUCAUUGGUUCGGACAGGACGACCAUGUGGACGCACUCUCCGCACUCCCAGAUUUGCGAUCGGUGACUGGGUGGACGAAGCUCACUGGCGUGAAGGCCGAUCUGAUCAUGACCAACCUGAAGAUGGCGCGACCAGACCUCAAGCUGUCCAUUAAGCAAAGUGAAUUUUAGGUCCCAGGAUAACUGGGAUUUUGUUUAAUUUCAUUUAGUGUGCCGCUUAAGUAGUCAAGCAGUGUUGUGAAAUGGUUUUUUAUCUUCAUGUAGUUUUAGAGAAAGUGUUACAAAAAUAUUAUAAAUUUUAUUGUAAAAAUUUUAUAUACAAAUGUUACAUUGUUUACCAAUAUAAUAGAACUGAAAUGCACUUGGUACAAAAACGGAGGCAGCUUGAUUUUAUUCAAUAAAAUUUUUUAUGACUGAA